GGCCGCGCCGAGGGCUAGUCCUCCAGGAGAACACGGCCGUCAAGAUGCGGACCGGAGCGCACAAGGCGUGGUGCUCGCGGUGGGGCGCUUUGGUCCUUGCCGCGGCGCUACUCUCCGCGGUCCUCGCGGACCCGACCCCCGAGCCGUCGCCCGCACCCUCCCCAGCGGCGCCGCCCACGACGUCCACCACCACCACGACGACUACCACCACCACCAACACGGCAGCGGCCAGCUCGACGGCGGCCUCGCCCAGCGUCAGCGACGAACCCGGGCCGCCCCGCAGCACGCGGUCCGACGCUGCCGUCGCGGCCGACCCCCUACUAGAGGCCGCUGGCGAGGAUGACGGCGAGGAGGGCGGUCCCAACCAGAAGCGCGAGGACCGCAACAAGGACGAGCGCGGCCAGGACCGCGACAUGGAGCGCGGCCAGGACCGCGACGACCAGGCGACUCGUGAGCAGCACCAGGUCGCCAUCCUGAAGCAGAUCAACCGAGUCAACGAGGACGGCUCGUACACCUUCGGCUACGAGGCCGCCGACGGCAGUUUCAAGAUCGAGACGCGCGACGUGCUCGGCCACGUCAAGGGCAUGUUCGGCUUCAUCGACGAGAAGGGCCAGCUCAAGCGCGUCUCCUACACGGCCGCCAACGGCACGGGCUUCCAGGCCGACCCCACGCCGCCCGCCGCGCCCGCCGCCCCACAGCAGGUGCCGGGGGCGGUGUACCAGCAGGUUAUCCGGCCCACGGCCCGCCGGAGACCCAGCGCCGUCCGGCUGGUAGUGGCGCCGCCGACCUCCACGGCGCCACCCGAGGCCCGCGGCGACCCCGUCAUCCAGCAGAUACCCCGCCGACACAACGGGCUGUCGUCCACCGCCCUGCCCGCGACGUCCACGUCCUCGCCGUCGCUGUCCUCGACGCGCGCCCCCGGCCGCCACGUCCUGGUGCUGGCCACGCCGGCACCCGGCGCUGACGGCAGCACGCCGACGCCCGCGCCGUACGGCCAGUUCGUGCGGCGCACCGAGCCGCGCAGGCCCGUCCUGGUGCUGGGCUCCCCGACCACGGCCGCCUCCACGUCCACCACGUCCACCACGGCGGCGCCCGUGACGGAGGACAGCGCCAGCGGCGAAGCGGCGGACGGCAGCCGGGACCGCGAGGGCAACGAGCUGCGGAGGCAGCUGCCGCUGCCACCCCUGCCGCCGCUGGGGCCGCUGUCCGCGCUGGCCGCUGACCGCGACGUGGACCCCCUGGGGCUGUCCGGUCUGUCCCCCGGCGCGGGGCAGCUGCUGCGGCUGCUGUCCGCGCCCGGCGGGCCCGCCCCGCUCGGCCGCGGCGACACCGGCGACGUCUACGGCGGCGGCGGCUCCAACGCGGCGUCCGGCGCCGUCCCGCACGGCCUGCACGCGCUGGGCACGGCGCCGCACUACUCGGGCGUGCUGCGCCAGGGCCCGCGCGCGCUGCAGCAGCAGCUCCUGCAGCAGCACAUCCUCGCCGACCUCGACCUCACGCCGCGGCCGCGGCCGCCACAGGAAUACGACGACUACUACGGCGGCGCCUCCCCGCUGCCCCUGCCGCCGCCGGGGGCGGGCGCCGGCCACCUCCCCGCCGCCGGCGCCGCCCCCCUGGAGCCCGGGCAGCAGCCGCCGACACGGGCGCCGGCCGGGCCGCUGCCCCCGCUCCAGCUCGAGCCCGCCGUCGCCAUGGCCCUCGAGCAGUUCCUCAUCUCCAGGGGCAUCCGGCUGCGGCCGUACCGCCCGUACGCGCCGCCCCCGUACAUGAUGCGCUACCGGCCGCCGUACGCGCCGCCCCCGUACUACGACGACGACCCGUACGGCUAUGACCCGUACCUCGUUCAGCGCCACCCCUACCACAUGUACCACCGCGGCUACCCGUACGACCCGUACGCCUACCAGCAGCCCUACCCGUACCCGCAGUACAGCCCGUACCAGCAGCAGCAGCAUCACCAGCAGCAACUUCAGCAGCAGCAGCAUCAUCAUCAGCAGCAGCAGCAGCAGCAAGGGCUGUUCGUACCCGUGCGGCCUCCUCUGAGCGCGUACCGGCGCGCGCAUCAGCCCGUGCAAGACGAAGUAGUGCAGCAGCACCAGCAGCAGCAGUACGACCCGCGCCAGGAGCUGCUCAUCCGUAUGCUCAUCAACAGGAUGCAGCAGCAGCAGCAGCUGCAGCAGCAGCAGCAGGUGCGCCAGGUGUCGCGCGGGGGCGGUCCGCAGCUGCAGCAGGCGCAGCUGUACGACCAGCAGGCGCAGCUGUACGACCAGCAGCUGCAGCAGGCGCUGCCCACCAGCAUCGUGUCCUCCACCACGCAGGCGCCGCCGUCCACCUCGGCGCGGGUGCGGAGCGUCAAGAUCCUGGAGCCGGACGCGGAGGGCAGCGAGCUCAGCCCCACCACCGUCAAGCCGCCCGUCGGCGGCGUGCAACCGUGAUAGAGGUCCGCGGGGUCACCGCGGGUCAACGACGUCAGGGGGGUCAACAUCACCGGCGGCAGCCACUCAACUUUUCCCCAUAAGCGGGGCCUAACCUGGCGAGACGGCCGCUCUAAUCAGACAGACGACUGACUUCCCGGGAUC